CCAUCCCUUGUUGUCGACGUGGCUCGCGGGUCUGGUGGCUGCGUCAUGGCGAUGCUUCUGGGCAACGGCCGUUUGCUCAAAAUAACGCCUCACUUCUACAGGCCUGAGGGGUGAGGUAAGCAUAUAGGACUGUCUAUCUCUUAUCCUGAGUGGCUGGUGUGUACGAGCAUGGCGUCCAUGGCACAGCUCAACGGGCCCUUGGCGUGGGCAGUUUCUCUCCCUUCACGUCAUUUGCCUCUUCUUUUAGGCCUGUCGUCUGCAAGAGACGCUCGUGCCAUCUUGCGGGCAGGGCUCCUGGACCAGGCAAUAGACCCGGACCAACAUGACUACAGUAGAAACGAGACAGCCGCGCCAUCUGGAGCAGGGCAGAGUCAAGCAACAUGGAUCAUGGAUAUGCGUAUGCGGAGGGGCAAUUGGGCAACCGGGGCUUAUUAUACUGCACUGCACAUGUACUCGUCGCAACUAUGCAAUGCUUGAUAAGCGGUCCAUGAUGGGAUCCC